CAAAGAUAUUUCACAUCUCAAAGUACAUUCGUAUCGUAACAGAGACGUAAACCAGAAGACAUCAUGAAAUUAUUCAUCGUACUUUGCAUUUGCAUUGCCGCAAUUCAGGCUAAUAAGUUGGCUGAAAAGCAGCAGGAGAACGUGAAGACGUACAAAACUGAUUGUCAAACUGCAUCGGGAGUAUCCGGUGAUUUAGUGGAGAAAACUAAUAACGGAGAUUUCAGCGGCGAUGUCAAACUGAAGGAAUACUUUUUCUGUCUUUCCAAGAAAUUAGGUUUCCUGAAUGAAGCUGGCGAUUUCCAGAUGACUGCUAUAAACGACAAGAUUACUGCGAAUCAUGGACAAGAAACUGCUAGAGAAGUUGUGGCUCCUUGCACCCAGAAGAAGGCAUCUUCAGGACCCGAAACUAGCAUCAAUAUGGCAAAGUGUUUCUACGAGAAGUCCAAGAAACACAUCACUUUGGCCUAAGAAGAAAUUCCACUGAUCCCAUAAAUAAAUGAAUAUUGUAUA